CCGCGCCAUGACGAGUUGCAACCGAUGGCUGCGGUGCUGCUGGUAGGCGUCUCCUGCCAUGAGCCCUCCCCAAGACCGACUUCUCGCAUUUCGACCCUGUGGCCCAUUGUCCCAUCCUCGCUCGUCUGCUAGGCACGAUUUCGGGCCCUCUGCCGCUCGAGCAUGACGGCAUCAACUCCCUCGACCGUCUCCCGCUAUGCGCCCGCCGUACUUUUUCUCACUGGAGUAUCGGCUGGCUAUGCGGCCUACGUCAUCUACAACUCGCUCCAGUCGUCGGGCCCAGGCGACGGCCUCCACCGCAGCAAUGCCGUGCGCAGACGGCGCCCGCGAGACUCGCCAGCGGCGGCGGCGCUGCCUGUCAACGACCAGGACAUUCCGGUGCUGGGCCAGCAUGACGUGCUGGGCACCCGCGUGCUGCUCGACCCUCACAACCUGAUCACGCCUGCCGAGCUGCGCAACAUCAUCCUCAGCGCCCAGCCAGACGCCAGCCAGGACACCGUCCAUGUCAUCACAGAGCGCACGUACGAAGAGUUCUUCGACCGUCUGCUGGUCGUGCACUCGCCCGACCGUGCCCUCUCGCCGCCCGAGGUCGAUGCCCUGCGAACCUGGCUGAACGACCGCAAUCCAAACAACACAGCACUGGGCCGCGAUGCCCUGGCGCGCGCUGCCACCAGACAUGCGCAGAUAUACGUGCCCAUGGGCCCCCUUGGGCUGGACGGUGCCGAGAGUGUCGCGCCUACAGAGCUGUCCCUCGGAAGCGAAGAGGACCACGACGACGAUGCUAUUGACCCCGAAGGCCAAACCCUCCAGCGCACCCUGUACCACAUUGCCGAAGACCGCGCAAGGCUCGAAGGUGUGAUACAUCGCGGCAUCACGUGCAACGGCUGCGACGAGAAGCCCAUUCGGGGAACCAGAUGGCACUGCGCAAACUGCCCAGACUUUGAUUUAUGCUCCAAUUGCGAAGCAACAAACUCGCACUACAAGAACCACAUCUUCUACAAGAUCCGCGUCCCUGCCGGCUAUCUCAGCCUGCAGAAACAAGAACCCAUUUACCCGGGCAAGCCUCACAUGAUGAACCUUUCCAUCGACUCGGCACUGAAGAGGCGCCUGGUAGCCGAGACAAAAAUGGAAGCCGAGGAGAUUGAGGCCUUGUGGGAUCAGUUUACUUGUCUUGCAGGCACCGAGUGGACCGAAGACGCGACGGGCGUGGGCUGGGCUAUUGACCGACGCGACUUUAACCACGCAUUCGUACCACGCUACAACGGCUUCGUCGCCCAACCCAAUCUCGUCUACGAUCGCAUCUUUGCCUACUAUGACACGGAUAAGAAUGGGCUCAUCGGCUUUGAAGAGUGGAUCAAAGGACUCGAUGGCAUGCAUACCGCCGACACGGAUGCCAAGGCCCGGUUUGUCUUUGACGGCUAUGACAUUGAUGGAGACGGCUACAUCUCGCGCAAGGACAUACUACGCAUCUUCCGCGCAUACUAUUCCAUCGAGAAGGAGGCCACGCGCAACUACAUCAUGGAGCUGUCCGAAGAAGUGACUGUCCGCAGUGCCCUGGAUACGAUUCGGUCCAGUCAGCCGCUAGGCUCUGCAUUCCCGCCCCGAAGCAUGAAUGCCUCCAACGCAAGCAACCCCCGUCUGCGCCUAAAGCAAGAGAAUGGCGCCAACGCAGCCCCACCAGUGGUCGACCGCAACACUGAUGUCGCAGAACGAGACGAGAUUCUCAGGACCACUGACCUCCACCACAUUGCGCCUGAUGAAGCAACCGAUGAGCAACAAGCCAAUAUCUUGAACCGAAGAUGGGCCCGUAGGCAAUACUAUUUAGACGAAGAGGAGGGCUUUACAAGACCCGAGGGGGCUGAUGCUCAGAGUGACCCCGAAGACUUGGCUCCGUCUGGUGAGCCCGCAGACUCGAGUGAAGAACGCCUUCGAAACAGAGGCUCGCGUUCCUCAUCACGCGUCCGCUUCCAAGAUGAUGUCGAGCUAGAAACUCGAUCCAAUGCCUCAUCCUCAAGACCCUUUGGAGAGCGUUGGGGUGGAUACGAGAUACCCGAACCCGAGCAGGACCUUGGCAAGGAAGUACUGUACCAGGUCACACAGCAAGGGUUCAAUGAACUGCUCAACCCGCUGUUCCUCGAGAAAGAGGACAUGGCCAUGGACGCACACGAGACGCGCGCCGAGCGCCGAGCAAAGGCGGCUGCAAUCAAGUAUAUGACUACAUAUCUCUUCACAGUCGGUAAGGCCGACGUCGAAGCCAUUCUUCAUGUUGGCAUCUUUCGGUUCUCCAAGUGCAUGGUAGAUAAGUUCUGCCGAGCGCUAAACAAUGGGCAAACGCAUAUUGAACGCCUUGCCCGGGAUCCCAACCAUAGCGGACCACGCACCGAAAAAGAGGCUCGCGCAGCAAUAGAACAAGUCUACGACUCGGUCGAGGCCAAGGUCUUGGGCUCUGUCAAAAAUCCAAAGGCAGCAAAUGCUGACAAUGUGGCGAUAUGGAACAUGUUCCUAUGCAAGCGUCAGCUUCGGGAAGAAGCAAUCAAUGCAGCUUUAUCCUGUGCAGAUAUGAAAGGGUUGCUGUCACGCCAUGUUCCAAGUCAAGGUCCAAUCGCCGAUUACAAGGACCCUACCAUGCCCCAGUUUCGGCCGGAUUCUCUCGCCCAUCCACCGACAAACGCGCAUGCUGGCUCGUGCAGCUCUUCAGAGACGGGCGUAGCUUCGGACACUGAUGAAUCUUCGCUGUCAGCAUCUGAGGAUACAGAUCUCGGGCGAUGCUUUUUUGUAUGCGCAACCCGCGACGGAUUAGAACGAUACCCAGGAAGACAACAGUUUACGGAUGGAGCGUCAGCAUCGGAAUCCGGCUCUCUCUCGACACCUGCUGCAGCUGGCGAUCUCGCUGAGCAGCCUGCUGAAACGGAGCCGUCGUCGCCCCCUGCCGAGCCGCGCCCGGAAGAAGCAAAAGAAGACAAUUUUGCAGUCAACUGGCGCUGGUACACCGAUAUCCCAGAGUUUCACUUUCUCUUCACCCAUAACUCGGAAGGAAUAGAUGCCGUUCAGUGCGCGAGCAACCAAAUCAGCCACUCGACAGAUCCAUACCACCCCGAGACCAAUCAACUCCGACCAUUGCAACGCUCGAUCCGCCAAAUAGCCAUGAGCACUAGAUCUCCUUUGCAUGUCAUCAUGCUGGCCAGUCUGGAGAGCGUCGAGCAAGAGAUGAGCGAUCGCAAGGGCGGCGGCCUGGUCAACUUUGAUGAAUUUGCAGAGCAUUUGAGGCAAGGCCAGCUGCGUUUUCUCGAAUCGUGGAUGGACUGGGUGAGUAUGUAAGGGGCAAGAUUGAGUCAUGCCUUUUACCCAGCCCGUCUCAUGCAGAGCUGGCCUCACAACCAUGAUUGCCCAAGAUCUAGCUUGUUUCAAGCUGGAGCUCAUGCAUCCGUUAUCUUGAAAUCCAAUUAACAAUGCUCUAAUAGUACAAAGAUGUCCUCCCAGGUUUCCUCGCGAUAGCCGCCGACGUAUUCGAGGUGGGCGUUACAGACGGUUCAUGGAUACGACAAGCCGAUUCUUAGGUCUAGUCGGUUGAAGCCGCUCGAUGCGUCCAUCGGAAGAAAACCCAUGUAAACGUUGUUUGAUGCAGUAAUGGAGGGAAGAAGGGAAAAAAAGCUUUGGCUGUUGUUGAGCUG